UCAACCUCCUGGGAGAUGUUAACCAAACAACUAAUUGGAUCGACUAUAAAUACUGUGGCUACAGGAGCAGAUGCACCACAGAAUCUCUCAAUUACUUCUCUUGAUAUGUUUAACGCUUCAUCGAUCAAUAUAAUUGAGAGGAAUUCUGCAGUGAUAAUCUGCUCUGUCGAGAGCUUCCCAGCUUCUAACCUCACGUGGCGACAUCUUAAUGCCCCAAUGCACAGAACAAGUUCCAACAAUGAGCUGUUGUUGGUGAUUCCUCACGUUAUAUCCAGGGACACUGGAGACUAUCAGUGUGUGGCAGAGAAUGAACAUGGAGCAGUUGAGGGGUUCAUAACCAUCACUGUGGAAUACGCACCACGGAAUCUCUCAAUUAAUUCUCUUGAUAUGAUUAACACUUCAUCGAUCAACAUAAUUGAGGGGAAUUCUGCAGUGAUAAUCUGCUCUGUCGAGAGCUUCCCAGCUUCUAACCUCACGUGGCGACAUCUUAAUGUCCCUGUGAACAGAACAAGUUCCAUCAAUGAGCUGUGGUUGGUGAUUCCUCACGUUACAUCCAGGGACACUGGAGACUAUCAGUGUGUGGCAGACAAUGAACAUGGAGCAGUGGAGGGAUUCAUAACCAUCACUGUGGAAUAUGCACCACGGAACCUAUCAAUUACUUCUUUUGAUAUGAUUAACGCUUCAUCGAUCAAUAUAAUUGAGGGGAAUUCUGCAGUGAUAAUCUGCUCUGUCAAGACCUUCCCAGCUGCUAACCUCACGUGGCGACAUCUUAAUGUCCCAAUCAACAGAACAAGUUCCAACAAUGAGCUGUGGUUGGUGAUUCCUCACAUUACAUCCAGGGACACUGGAGACUAUCAGUGUGUGGCAGAGAAUGAACAUGGAGCAGUGGAGGGAUUCAUAACCAUCACUGUGGAAUAUGCCCCACAGAACCUCUCAGUUAAUUCUCUUGAUAUGAUUAACACUUCAUCGAUCAAUAUAAUUGAGGGGAAUUCUGCAGUGAUAAUCUGCUCUGUCGAGAGCUUCCCAGCUUCUAACCUCACGUGGCAACAUCUUAAUGUCCCAAUGAACAGAACAAGUUCCAACAAUGAGCUGUGGUUGGUGAUUCCUCGUGUUACAUCCAGGGACACUGGAGACUAUCAGUGUGUGGCAGAGAAUGAACAUGGAGCAGUGGAGGGGUUCAUAACCAUCACUGUGGAAUGUAGAGACUCCAGUAAAUGGACAGUAGGAUUGCUCACGGCUGGGAUCAUGUUGUGUGUUUUCCUGGCUGGAAUCUUCAUCUGUGUGAGAAAGAGAAAGACAGCGACAGAGGAGAGAGUUUCAGGGACCAGUGACAUUGCAUUGACCCCCAGGUCACACUCUGUGAAGCACCAGGGUAAACAGAACGUGCUGAUUACUGAGCCCCGGGACACAACCAGAGACACAACUAGCGAGGAGGAGUCCCCAGCUCCCCGGGAUCUCCCUGAAGGUCCAGUGGGAGGCGAUGCUGGACAUGGGAACCCUGACAAACCCGACGAGCUUCUCUGUGCCAACAUCAACUUUUCAAAGCUGCCCAGCGGUGACCAGACUGUGCACAGGAGCGAGGACACGGAAUACGCACAGAUCAGGUUCCAGGAAAACUGAGUGUGAAACAGGGAGAGGGGCUGUGGGGUGUGUGCAGCCAACAUGGCCAAAUAGUAAUGAACAGAAAUAUGAUGUUGCUCAACUUUUUUUUAUUGGUUCUGAGUGAGCUUUCUGAAUGCUGCACCUUUUUCCAUGCUGUAAAAGAUUGUGAGAAGCUUAUGAAUUAUGUAUAAUGUUACAUCUGUUAAUACAAGGUGAGGUGAGAGUGACUGCCUUUGACAUCAAGGCUGCAUUUGACCGAGUGUGGCAUCUAGGAGACCGAGCAAAACUGGAGUCAAUGGGAAUCAGGGGUGGGACGAAAGUAUAAUAAUUUUCAUAAUAUUUUCCUGGUUUGUUGUAAACUAAGUUUAUGGGUGUGAGUGUAGAUGGGUCUGUCUGUGUGGUUUAAUUACACCUGGAGUCAGGUAGACUGCAAGUUUGAGAUUAUCAAAAGAAGCUCGGUGUAGAAAUGUACUUAAAAUGCUAAUGAGAACACAUGGAGGCUGACUUAGCAUGUAAGCUGUGAAGUGGUUGUUUAGAUUUCAAAGGGAUGUUGGUCUGUUUAGGACAAGCCCAAUAAGCAAAGCUAAGGAGUUUUUUUUUAUAUUUUACCCAAACUUCAUUGACAAUAUUGGCAACAUGAAAGUUUAUAUUAUGGGAAAG